AAACAGGGCUUCGUUUGUCCCGGUUACCCUUUUCCGGCCCGGGGAAGUGGCAGGACCUCGGCGGAGUCCCAGGCGGGCUCAGCGCUAAGCGAGGGCUGGAGGGGCUGGGGCCUGACCGCCGAGAGGGGUUGGCAUUUCCAUAUUGGGGCUCGGGCCGCCCCUCCUCCAGGACCCGCCCCUCAGCACUGCUCCGGGCGCCGCGGGCGAUCCAGGCCGGCUCUCCUGGCGCGGUGGGUACUGCCCGUACGGGCUUCCUCCUCCCUCCCCUUUCCUUCUCUCCUCUCCCCUCUCUCCCCUCGGGUCCCGCGCUGCGGGGGAGGGCGGGAAGGCAGCCCCUGCCCUGCGCAGGUGACCAGCCCGGAGCCCGGUGCCCAGGUUCCCGGGACUGCGGAAGAAAGGCGUGGGUGGCUUCAGGCCGCCCGGGUGCCUCCGGAAACCCCGUGACCCCUAAGAAAAGGUGGACAAGUCCUAUUUUCAAGAGAAGAUGACUUUUAACAGUUUUGAAGGAUCUAAAACUUGUGUACCUGCAGACAUCAGUAAGGAUGAAGAAUUUGUAGAAGAGUUUAAUAGAUUAAAAACUUUUGCUAAUUUUCCAAGUAGCAGUCCUGUUUCAGCAUCAACACUAGCACGAGCUGGUUUUCUAUACACUGGUGAAGGAGACACCGUGCGGUGCUUUAGUUGUCAUGCAGCAGUAGAUAGAUGGCAGUAUGGAGACUCAGCAGUUGGAAGACACAGGAAAGUAUCCCCAAAUUGCAGAUUUAUCAAUGGCUUUUAUUUCGAAAAUAAUGCUGCACAGCCUACAAAUCCUGGUGUCCAAAAUGGUCAGUACAAAGCUGAAAACUGUCUGGGAAACAGAAAUCAUUUUGUUUUAGAAAGGCCAUCUGAGACUCAUGCAGACUAUCUUUUGAGAACUGGACAGGUUGUAGAUUUAUCAGACACCAUAUACCCAAGGAACCCUGCCAUGUGUAGUGAAGAAGCUAGAUUAAAGUCAUUUCAGAACUGGCCAGACUAUGCCCACUUAACCCCAAGAGAGUUAGCUAGUGCUGGACUCUACUACACGGGUAUUGAUGAUCAAGUACAAUGCUUUUGUUGUGGCGGGAAACUGAAAAAUUGGGAACCUUGUGAUCGUGCAUGGUCAGAACACAGGCGACACUUUCCUAAUUGCUUCUUUGUAUUGGGCCGGAAUUUUAAUAUUCAAAGUGAAUCUGAUGUCGUGAGUUCUGAUAGGAAUUUCCCAAAUUCAACAAAUCCUCCAAGAUAUCCAGCCAUGGCAGAUUACGAAGCACGGAUCAUUACAUUUGGGACGUGGAUAUACUCAGUUAACAAGGAGCAGCUUGCAAGAGCUGGAUUUUAUGCUUUAGGUGAAGGUGAUAAAGUAAAGUGCUUUCACUGUGGAGGAGGGCUAACUGAUUGGAAGCCCAGUGAAGACCCUUGGGAACAACAUGCUAGGUGGUAUCCAGGGUGUAGAUAUCUGUUAGAAGAGAAAGGACAAGAAUACAUAAACAAUAUUCAUUUAACCCAUUCAAUUGAGGAGUCUCUGACGAGAACUGCUGAAAAAACACCAUCAUUAACUAAAAGAAUUGAUGAUACCAUAUUCCAAAAUCCUAUGGUACAAGAAGCUAUACGAAUGGGAUUCAGUUUCAAGGACAUUAAGAAAAUAAUGGAGGAAAAAAUUAAGACAUCUGGGAGCAACUAUAAAUCACUUGAGGUUCUGGUUGCAGAUCUAGUGAGUGCUCAGAAAGACAAUACACAAGAUGAAUCAGGUCAGACUUCAUUACAGAAAGAGAUUAGUACUGAAGAGCAGCUAAAGCUCCUGCAAGAGGAGAAGCUUUGCAAAAUCUGUAUGGAUAGAAAUAUUGCUGUAGCUUUUAUUCCUUGUGGACAUCUGGUCACUUGUAAACAGUGUGCUGAAGCAGUGGACAAAUGUCCCAUGUGCUACACAGUCAUUACUUUCAAGCAAAAAAUUUUUAUGUCUUAAUCUAACUACAGUAGGCGUGUUAUAUUCUUAUUACCCUGAUUGAAUGUGUGAUGUGAACCAACUUUAAGAAAUCAACAUUGAAUUCCAUUAGCAUUUGCUACCAAGUAGGAAAAAAAUGUAAACUGUGAUGUUAUAGUUAGCAAUCUAAAAUUUGAAUUUCUGGAUUUUUCAGGAUUUUAGCUGUAUUAUCUGUCCUAUUUUUUCACUGUUAUUUAAUUGAAACCCUAGACUAAGAAGCAUCAUAUUAUUAUAACUGAUCACAAUGUGUAUUUGUAGUAUACUGACUUAGAUUUCUAAAUGUAAGUGAAUUAAUCAACUGACUUUUUCAUCCUUUUUAGAUAGGCUUAACAAAUGGAGCCUUCUUUGUAAACGUACAGAUUAAUCUCCCCAAUCACAUAAUUUGUUUUGUGUGAAAAAGGAAUGAACUAUUCUACACUGGUAGAAAGAUAGAGAUUAUUUUUAGAUGUUUGUGUUUUAGGAUUUUGUCCAUUUUCUUUUAAAAUUAUACACAUGUACUUGGGUGGAUGAUUUUUAAAAAUGAUUUUGCCAUUGUUAAAAGGGUAUUUAAUGAUUGAAUACCAUCUAGCCUACAUGUACUGACAUGGAAAGAUGUCAAAGGUAUAUUAAGUGUAAAAUCAAGUGGCAAAACACUGUGUAUAGAAUGAGCCAAGUGAGGUGUGUGUGUUUUAUAUACGUAUAGAACAGAAGAUUUGGAAAGACAGGCACCAAACUGUUAAAUGUGGUUUCUUUGGGGGGGGGGAUGGGUCCCAGAGGGGCUUUACAGGGAGGGACCUUUCACUUUUUUUAUUUUGUUCUGUUUGAAUUUUUUGUAAGUCUGUAUUACUUUUGUAAUCAGAAUUUUUAGAAAGUAUUUUACUGAUUUAAAGGCUUAGGCAUGUUCAAACGCCUGCAAAACUACUUACUGCUCAGCAUCAGUUUUUCUAAUCCAAGAAGGCAGGGCAGUUAACCUUUUUGGUGCCAAUGUGAAAUUUAAAUGUUUAUAUGUUUUUCCUGCUUUGUGGAUGAAAAAUAUUUCUGAGUGGUAGUUUUCUGACAGGUAGACCAUGUCUUCUUCUCUUGUUUCAAAAUAAAUACUCCUGAUUUUGUAAAAUGAAAUAUAAAAUAUGUCUCAGAUCUUCCAAUUAAUUAGUAAGGAUUCAUCCUUAAUCCUUGCUAGUUUAAGCCUGCCUAAGUCACUUUACUAAAAGAUCUUCGUUAACCCAGUAUUUUAAACAUCUGUCAGCUUAUGUAGGUAAAAGUAGAAGCAUGUUUGUACACUGCUCAUAGUUAUAGUGACAGCUUUCCAUGUUGAGAUUCUCAUAUCAUCUUGUAUCUUAAAGUUUCAUGUGAGUUUUUACCUUUAGGAUGAUUAAGAUGUAUAUAGGACAAAAUGUCAAGUCUUUACCUAAGUUUUUUGUUUUCUUGUCUAGUAAUAGUAGUAGAUACUUUUGAAAUAAAUGUUCUCUCAAGAUACUUAAAAACCUCUUGGAAAUUAUAAAAUAUUGACGAGAAAAGAAGAAUAGUUGUUUGAAUAUUAAAGAGAAAAUAAAACUUGAAUAAGAACCAGUAUAUAUUAAAAAAGAAAAUGAAAGUUUAAAAAUGCUUCAUAGAACACCCAGGCAGAGAUUCUCACAACAACCUGUUGUAGAGGUGAGUGAGGCAUUUUACUGUAGAGAAAAGUUUGAGAGUGGAACUGUUAAAAGUUAUAUUUUUGUUGUAUUUUCUAAGAGAAAGAGUAUUAUGGUCUCUUAACCUCUGUUGAUUACUACUUUGAUAUUCAUUUAAAGCACUGCAAAUUUAAAUGAGAAUUUUUAAAAUCAAAUAAUG